GCCUCCACGCUGGAGAAGCCCAGAGUAUACAGAUCUCGCCACAGAGGAACAUAAAGGCUCAAGCCUGGUAGAGAUAUAUAUAUAUAUACAUAUAUAUGUAUAUUUAUAUAUAAAAAGCACAACUUACCGGCUCUGUUUAUCUACUGACAUCUUUAAACAGCACAGCGACGGCAGUGGAAGAGCUUUGUAUCGAGCUUCGGACACUGGCAAUAACUUUACGCAGUAAGUUUCUCACGGGACGGGGAGUUUGCGAACUUCUCGCGCAACAGAGAUAUAGAGCGACUGAAACGUUUCGUUUUCCUUUCUAUGUCUACCAAGAUGGAAACUACUUUCUAUGAUGACUCUCUAAACAGCGCUUUCGCUCAGCAUGACGGCGCUACUUUUGGAUACAACCACAAAGCUCUGAAACACAACAUGACGCUGAAUCUGACCAACCCAGCCGGCAACCUGAAGCCCCACCUGAGGGCCAAAGCCAGCGACAUCCUCACCUCUCCGGACGUGGGACUGCUCAAGCUGGCUUCGCCGGAGCUGGAGAGGCUCAUUAUCCAGUCCAGUAACGGGCUGAUCACCACAACGCCGACUCCGACUCAGUUUCUGUGUCCCAAGAACGUGACAGACGAGCAGGAGGGCUUCGCGGAGGGCUUUGUGAGGGCACUGGCCGAACUGCAUCACCAACACAUGCCAAACGUCACCUCUGCCCCCCAAACGACCAUCAACAACAGCAUGGCACCCGUCUCAUCCCUGGCAGGUGGCGCGGUGUACAGCACAGCCGUGCGCUCCGAUCCGCCGGUGUAUGCAGAUCUGAACACUUUCAAUCCCGCCAUCAGCAGCGCGCCGCCGGCGGCUCCGAGUUUCAGCGCAGCCAACCCCGCCAUGAGCUACACAACCGCGCCGCCACAGCACCCCCUGAGCACGCAACUGCCCGUCCAGCACCCGAGACUCCAGGCGCUGAAAGAGGAGCCCCAGACCGUGCCUGAGAUGCCCGGCGAGACUCCCCCACUCUCUCCCAUUGACAUGGAGAAUCAGGAGCGGAUUAAAGCCGAGAGAAAGCGCAUGAGGAACCGGAUCGCCGCCUCCAAAUGCCGGAAGAGGAAACUUGAAAGGAUCUCCCGGCUGGAGGACAAAGUCAAGAACCUGAAGUCGCAGAACUCGGACCUGGCGUCCACCGCCAACAUGCUGCGCGAACAAGUGGCACAGCUCAAGCAGAAAGUCAUGAACCACGUCAACAGCGGCUGCCAACUGAUGUUGACGCAACAGCUGCAGACCUUCUGAGGAGAACGACGGGACAUUUGAGUUCACUUAAAUAGACGCAAAGGACAAAGUUCACGGGCUAAAUGUCUGCGAGCCGGCCGGGUCAAACAUGACUGCUGGCAAAAGCCCACUGGGACCGUCCGGGACUGACUGGCCGAGUGCUUUGCGCUCUGGCGUGUAAAAGGAUGUUCUGACUGGACUUUUGAGGAGUUCAAAACUUCACAAACUCGGGGCAAUAGCGACAGAGAUCUUGAGAGACUCACUCUGUUACAUUAGAAAAGAGAAUUCGACCAGGUUGUGCAUGGACCUAUAACCUUAAAAGGAGCUCUCAGUAUUAUAGGACAAAAACGAGGGGGACACGACUACAGUAAAAUAUAAAUGUCUGGCGCACCAAGCAGGAAGUCGUGUCCUCUAAACUUUUGAUAAAAGCUGCCUGACUUCUGAAUUGCAUAAUACUUUUUUGUUCUUAAACUGAAUGGAACUGACUUUGUCUUUCAGUUAGUCAAACUUCAGCAGUUUCUUUUUCUGAAAAGUUCAUUAAUGAGGUUUCACUCAUUGUUAUUUGUACAUAAGAUCAACCGGGAGUACUUAAGUUUACCAUUUGUAUGUAAAGUACAAUGUCAUUUUUUAUGAUGGUUUUCUGUGCACUUCAGAAACGAAUCAAUAUUUAUGAACUGUAAUAAAGUAUGUGAAGCGAAAACAAUGUCCCUGUGUUCUUGAUGGUGUGUG